CGUGGAUCACCCCGCGGAAGUUUAUCUGAGAGGACGUUUGGAACAGUGAGGAAGACGUAAACAUUGUGCAGCAGCGGGGUUUCCUUGCUUUUUACGCACUCUGUUGCAGAAACAGAAGAACGGUCGUUGUGACAAAAUGUUGGAGUGUGGGAUGCUGGAACGGGACAAACGGGCUCUUCGGAGACGCUCUGCUAUUCUGUGCAAGCAGCUGGUUGUGGAUGAGCUGCUCAUUCAGUCUCUGCAGGCAGAAGACAUCCUGACGGAGAGCAUGGCUGAGAGCAUCAUGGCUGAGAAAACUUCUCACAAGCGCAGCUGGCAUUUGUUACUCCUUUUACCAAAGCGAGGACCCAAAGCCUUCAGCUGCUUCUGCUCAGCACUCCAGGAAACUGAGCAGCAGCACCUGUGUGACCUGCUUACACAAUCACCUGAGAGAAAUGGAAGAGAAACAUAUUUAGAUGGUAUUCAGCCAGAGAAAGAAACAGAGGGGAAGUCUGGGCGACUGGAGGGAACAGAAAAGAAGAGAGAGUUCAGCCGUCAGAUAGUUCCCACUGCUCAGAGUCAUCAUUCAGACUCUGCCCCAGUCAGCGAGGAGGAUGGAGACAAAGAGAGACGCAGGACAAAGAUCAGAGGAAAGGAUAAGCAGACGGAUAGAAUAGAGGGUUCCUCUCUUCCACUACCAACUCAGGAGGAAUUUGCUGCAAAGAGGGCGAGGACACAUGCAGAGGCCAUGGAGUUCAGUCUGGAUGCUGACAGUCCCAUAAACACUCCUGUUCUCCCGUGCUCACCAGACUUUUACCUCUCUCACUGCCAGCAGUCUUACAGAAUGACUUCAUCUCCACGUGGCUUUGCCCUGGUGAUCAGUAAUGUGAACUUUGACUCUUGCGCCGCCCCUGACCUUGACCCUAGGAAGGGAGGUGAGGUGGAUGACGAGGUCCUAAGGAAAGUUUUUACAGAGCUGGACUACAUUGUCAGUGUCAACCGAGACCUCACUGCUCAGGGAAUGAGGACUUGCAUUGAGAACUUCUCCAGACGACCAGAGCUUCGGACAGUGGACAGCUGUGUGGUGUGUCUGCUCUCCCAUGGCGUGGAAGGAGCAAUUUAUGGCACCGACGGAGGACUCCUGGAGCUGGACUGGGUGUUUGAGGCCUUUGACAAUGCACACUGCCCGCUGCUUCAAAACAAACCAAAGAUGUUUUUCAUUCAGGCCUGCAGAGGAGACGAGAUGGACUGUGGAGUAGAGCAGAUUGAUGGGCCAGCGAGGACUUUUUCUCCGAGUUGCGAACAGCGGGACGCUGGAAGGGAGGGACUGGGAGAUGCAGACUCCAGGCAGAGAGCGGACAUGGGGAGGCCCAGGAUUAAACUGCCCCAGCGCUCAGACAUGGUCUGUGGCUUCGCAUCACUCAAAGGUCAGAGAAUUUGCACAGCAGCCAUGCGAAACACCAAGAGAGGAUCCUGGUUCAUCCAGGAACUGAACACAGCACUCCGCCUUCAUGCUAGAGACACACACCUCGCAGAUCUCCUAGUGCAGGUCAACGGUCGUAUUAAGGAAAGGGAGGGUUACGCCCCGGGCACCGCCCAUCACCGCUGUAAAGAGAUGUCAGAAUUCACCAGCUCCCUCUGCAAAGACCUCUACCUUUUCCCUAAGUACCAGCCCCAGUAUUGACAUGUAAAAAAGCACUUUAGAUUGAUGCACAGAUCAUUCCUUGUGUUGAAACCUCUCAGUAAAGGCAAACCAAAUUGCCCGUUUACUGCCACGCACACACGAUUCCCUCAUUAUACUUAACAUUCAAAUGGAUUUUCUUUUUCCCUUUCACAUGAGCACACGUUCAUGCAAGUCUUUGAAAGGAAACAGGAGGAAAAAUGUAUUAAUCUUUAUGUAUAUUGAAAUGAGUAACAGUAUAAAACGUACUCGCGUGUCUGUGUUUAUGCCAGUUAGAGGGUUUAUAUGUUAAUCCCUUUCAGUCCAACUGCACAGCUACUUUGGGGUCUCAUGAUUCUCUAUUUUUCAGACAUAUUUUUUACACAGAUCUAUUUUUGUGGCUUAGUUUUGUAUGAAAUUGUUUUAUAGGGAUUUUUACAUCCGAGCUUUUAUUUGUACGCAUUUCUGAAAAAGUGACCAUUUCUUGUUUUUAGCUUAGUGACAGGCAGGUGGCAGCACAGCAGAGACAAAUGCACUUCACCAACUCUUGAUCAUCAACUUCAUCUGUUCCGCAGUUCAAAAUAGUUCAUAUUAUCAUGAUUAUACACAGCUAUGGCGUUAUUUAUAAUACAUCAUAUAAUCUAUGAUGAAACACUUGUUUUCUAAACAAACUAUAAGAACAUAAUGUUCUUUCUUUCAGUUUGCCUUAAGAGGAAAAACAUUUACUGGGGCAGCUUGAAAAAAGAAGGUUUAUAAACAUUCUUUUUUUUUUUUUUUAACUUGUGGAUGUUUGUCAGGAGACUGCAACAUUUUAAAUGUAAAUGUCUUGACUACACACACUGAUAUUUAGUGAGUUUCUCCUGUCCAUGUCAGGGUGGAAGGCUGGAAUUUGGUGCUACUUGUGGGGCCAUUCACAUGUAUUAUAAGCUUUUUCUAGUGUUUUUCUUUGUGUAAGAGCUCUAUAUUUACUGUCACUCGUGUAUUCCACUAUUCGUGAUACAGUAUGGGUAAAAGAUGUCUUCCAUAAACAAUAAUGCAGUUUCUUAUAGCAGCUUGAGCUGUGUGAGGAUUACUUGUUAGAUAAACUUGUGACCAUGGUGCUGCUUUCAUGAUGUAUUGCAUAGUUUUGGCACCUCUGCACUCACAGAAAUGUAUUUCUGAGCUGUGCGAGCAUUCUUAGGCCCUCUGAAAACCCCAGUGUGAGCAGAAGAUGUUCAGUUACAACAGUGUAGUAUUAAGGACAACGGUUGAAACAGUAUUGGCUGUUAACCAUCUGUUCACAAAGAUGCUGUGCCGGAGGUGGUCUUGUUUACCCUGCUCUGGAGCACACGCACUCCCUUUGUAAUUUGUUUUAUUUUUUUUCAUAAUGAGACAUGAUGUCAAGAGAAAAACAUUUGAAUGGUGUACCUGCAGGAUGAAGAGAUUUUGUUUCUGCCAACGACUGCCAAAUGUUGUGUUCAAUAAACAAGCCCAGGCUUUUAAAGAUAA